AUGCCCAUUUCCUACCUCUCGAGCACUUUGCUUCUGCUCAAAGGCCUCUUCCGAGGCAAAACCUGUCAACUCUUCUUCUUCCAGUUUCUCCUUAUCGCCUCGCUGACAAUAAGCCUAGCCUGUGAUCCUUCCGAUUUGCCCAAAGGCACUCGAGUAACUGCACACGGACCGGUGCUCAAAGUUCUCUGCGAGCCUGGGCUGCAGGCAUUUGAGAUGACCACCACCACCACCACCACCCCCAUGCCUACCACCACCAGUAAUGACAAAAGCCACCUCCUUCCCACUCCCACUAAAAAGAGAUUCGCGCGGUUUAUUUGCAUGUAUGGCACUAGCUACCAGCGUAUCAAACCCGAUGGCGUUGAUUCUACCCUCUUCUUCUGUGCUGAUAAGGUGAACACCGAAUGUGAUGAUCUUGAAUACUCUUCAAAAUAUGGCCAUUUGGUAAUGGAGGGCACAGUAGCAAUAUGGCAGCCGGUAUCGUCCAAUGAAUCUCAAAGAAUCGUUCUUUACUGCUUGUACGGUACUUGGUAUCAACUUAAUGGCGAAUCCCUACCCCAAGAGUUAAUUGUUAAGCACAAAGAGAAGAAAGAAUCGACAGCCCUACUUCCGACAAUGGCAACUGCAACAGCAACGACACUGCCUAAUGCCAUCGAGAAGAAUUUAGGGGACAGUAGUGAACCUGUGCUACCGAAUCUUGAGUCUCCAGAGCAGAAUUCGACGCUAUUAAACCCUUUCCAUCUUACAAGUCUCUAUCUACCUCCUUUCUUGCUACCACGAACAACAGCAACAACGACUCCCAAGCCCAUAACCCUCGCUGAACAUGAAAACUCCCAAAAUACCUAUUUUCCGCAAAGGGAUAUAAUUGUAAUUGCCCAAAGUAUCUCCCUUGCCCUUCAUGACAGUCUGCAUAGAUGUACUCGUAUUGCCUUUUAUUGUAUGCUUGUUAUAGGAAUAAUGACCUUGCUUAUCGGUCUGGUGAUCUUUUUUUACCUAUGUCGACGAAGAGCUCUAUUAGCUGCUGAUGCAAAAGAGGCUCAAGUGCGGCUGAAACACUCGAUUUCAGUGGUCUGA